AUGCCCUCACCCGAAGAAGAAACUCAGUGUUCUUCGCCAUACUCACCUCAUUCUGAAGACUAUGCUCUUUCUGCCUCUUACUAUUACCAUGACAAUCCAGAAACAAUGUUUCUCGAUCCAAAACUAGAGGUCCUUGAUAAUGACAACCCGCUGUUCUUUCUUACUCCUCAGAGAACGCCGAACCAUGAAGUACACACCGAGCAUAGUCAGGGAUUGAUUGAUACUGUUGGUCAGUUGCAGCAAAGUCUUGCGUUCGCGGCUGCUACUGCUACCUUAUCACAUUCAAUGAAAAACCUUCAGAUACAAGUCCUUGGAGUGCCACAAACUGGAGCCAAAUCUCGCGUAGAAACCCAAAUAAAAUUAUGUCUUCAGUUGGUUACUGACAAGGGCGAAAAAGUGCCACUGUGGUCGCAUCUAAGAUUACCAGAGUAUAUGGUGGCAAAAGAAAAGUUAAAAACAAAAAAUUCUAGAAAUGGUCAGGAUCAGAGUGUGAACAUUGCUGAAAAGGGUGUGUUGAAUUUGGAGGCGACUGUUGUUUGUGCUAGUGAGACGCUUAAGCAAGUUACCACUUGUCUGGGAUGUGUGCAAAGAGAGAGAAAACGAUCGCAACGCAAAAAAGAACACAAACUCAAGUCCAACCCACAAGCACAAGCGCAGCAGGAGGAAGCAUCGAAAUCUAUGGACCUUGACGAUGAGAAAUCCCUAGCACUCGAACAACGCAAGAUUCUUCUUUUCAACUGUAGCGAAAUCGUAGAUUUUAGCAGUGGCGAUACUAUUCUUCCUACACGCAUUACCUGCUACUGCCGCCACCACAACGAAAAAGUUGGAUUUUGCAUUAUUUUUGUAAUGAAAGACUGCUCCGGCCAAGUAAUAGCCCGCGGAGUCUCACCAGCAAUAAUGAUAACCGACGAUCACAAAUCAUCAAAAACAAAACAGGCUAACGGCGUCGGGCGACGGCGAUCACGGGCUGAACACGAUCGUCGGGGCUCUAACUCGAAAUUAGCAGAUAGAAUGGUCGAAAGAACUGUGGAUAGAUCAAAAGAGAGAUCAAACACAAUGCCGAUAUCGAUUUCGAGUUUACCUUCUAAUAUUACUUCUAAUGGUUCUGCAGCGUCGGCUACGAAUACCUUUGCACAACCAAGGUGUUUCGGGGUGGGAACUUCCGGGAAGCAAAAGAGACAAAUUAUUAAGCAAGAACCUCAAAUAGGCAGGAUUAUGCAGGGUAAUGAUGAAGGAGGACAUGAAUUGGAAGAAGAUGGACAAAUUGGACUCAAAGUAGAGAAUGAAAGGCAAAUCCAGACUUUGGGAGGCUAUUCUACUUCCCCAUCGACGCCUUUGUCGCCUAUUUCUCCCAGCUCCCCCCGGCCUGCGUCGGCACCUUAUCACAUUCCGGCCAAAUAUGAUCGUAAUGCCACAUUACAGUCUCAAGGCAUAAACAACCUCUAUCCGCUCACUCUACAUCAAUCCAUAUCCUCUCCUUUAACACCAACCGCGUUUCCACUCUCUCCCUCUCCAACUCAACUUUCACUCAAUCUCCAACACCACAUACCGAAUAAUCCAGGCAUAAUGCCACAGAGCGUCUACGGAAACACCAUGUUCCAAAAUCCGAACGUGGGGUUCGGACCCGUUUCCAGGAUCAGUAGAUUGAUUCCGAGCGAGGGACCAAUUUAUGGUGGCAUAGAGGUCACCGUUCUUGGAAAUAAUUUUUAUAAUGGCUUGACAUGCGUAUUUGGUGACACACCUGCCAUCCCGACACAAUUCUGGUCUUCUAAUACUUUAGUCUGUCUUUUACCUCCAUCUCCGGCGCCGGGUCCAGUUAUCGUAUCUUUCAAAGAAUUCCCGAUAAAUCUGAUGGACAGUCAGAAUUCAGAAGUUGUGGUGUUCACAUAUAAUGAUGAUUCUGAUAGAGCCCUGAUGGAACUAGCCCUACAAGUAGUCGGAAUGAAAAUGACCGGGAAGCUCGACGAUGCACGCAACAUUGCCAUGCGCAUCAUUGGUGACACUUCCACCAACUCAUCCCAUUCGCCAUCUGCAUCUCCAUCAGGCACCACUCACUCCAUGAACUCCACAAUAUCAGCAAUCGUUCGAAAUGCUUCAAUGUCCAAUAAUCUAGAGGAACACAUUAUUAAAACGAUUGGUUUGUUGGACGUCGAGACCGAAUUUGAGGAUUGCAUUUCACUACAAAAUAGUACGAAACAUACAAUGUUGCACUUGGCGGCUAUGCUAGGAUUCGCAGAUUUGUGUAAUGUGUUGAUUGAACGAGAGAUUAAUUGGGAAACACAGGAUAAUUAUGGAUUUACUGCGCUUCACUAUGCCUCCUGGACUGGAAGAACCGAUAUUGUUAGAUUACUUGUAGCAGCUGGGGCACGUGAUGAUAUCCGUAACGUGUACGACCAACGUGCAUUGGACCUAGCUGCUUCUCGUGGUUAUGAGGAAAUAGUUAACCUCCUCUUUGAACAACAACACGAUUCUGGUGUUUCUCUUUCUCCGUCAUCGUCUGAAGAAGAUGCUUCUUUUGUCGAGUCAGACGACAGUUGGCCUGAUUUUGACAGUGAGAUAGAGAUUGAAGAGAGCGAGGGUGAAGAUGAACAGAGCGGUAUGAGUGACUCGGAUGUUUCGAAUGAGAGAGAUAUAUCAGAGAGAAAUAGUAUAGAAAUGGCUAUACAUAAAGCGGAUAUUAUGCGAGAAACUGAGAAGAUGGCAGCUUUUGAUAGUGAUAUGAAAGGCAAAGAUAUUCCAAGCGUUCCAAUUACAUGGGUUGAUCCCAAAACUCCCACAGAAAACAGUCUAUCGGCAGAGAAUAUUCUUGGCACGGAUGAAAUUGUCGAUGCCGAACCAGUAGUAGACGACAAAAAGUCCAAGCAACCGCUGACCGACUUUGCCAAUGACCUUGCGUCAGCAUCGACCAUCUGGCUUCAAAAAACUUUUGCUCACAUGCAUAUGCCAAAUAUCAGCAAACCGCCACAAUUGAAUAUUCCGCUGCCAAACAUCAAAAUGCCUAAUUUGCAGAUGCCCAAUCUACAAAAUUUCUCAUCUCCCAAAUUCACAUCACCAAAGUUCUCGACUAUGACGUUUACUUCAAAAAUGUCGAUUCCCAGGCCGUCUAUGCCGAGCAUACCGUCUUUGCACAUGUUUGAGAUGCCUGCAUUCCCGGCAGUGAUGGCAGCUUUCCCUGCGAUGAUAGCGUCGUCGCCAUUUGCUAAUUUCAGUCGCGAGGAUAGAACAAAUGGACCAUCCUCGGAUCCAUCUAUUGAGCAAGUAACAUCUGUUAAUAACGCUUGGGAACAUUAUUUCAAAUUUACUAGGAAACAAUCGGAUGGAAGUGAUGGAGAUAAGAAAGAAGGGGGUAACAUGUUUGGAGGUAACAUGUUUGGCGGUAAUAUGUUUGGCGGUAACAUGUUUGGAGGUAACAUGUUUGGCGGUAACAUGUUUGGCGGUAAUGUGUUUGGGUAUACGUGGCCAUUAUGGUAUAACUCGGAAGGACAGCAACACGUUCCUAUGUAUCCACACCAGCCGGGAGAGGGUACUUCGAAUGCUACGCCAGCUACUAUAAAGAGAUCCAAGAGGUUAGUUGGACAUGUAUAUGGAAUGCCACGUGUGGAUGAGGCUGCUCUCGGAAGGUACAGAGAAAAAAUUAUAAGGUUGAAGAAAGACCGGAUGCUGUUUCUGUUCUGGGUGCCUAUGCUGUUUGCAAUGCUUGCUCUUGCGUGGUUCCAAUUUCCUUCUAUCCCAUUUGUACGCUAG